CGGUUUCAACCCAAAUAUGAAUAUUUAUCCUCAAGUCUGCACACUUCAUCCAAACAAUCCUCUAAUCCACCGGAGUAAUUUCGGCCUCAAAAAGGUUGAGUCGUAAUCACAAACCAACCAUGCUCUAAACUUGAUGAAGGUAGCCUCCAUAGCUCUGGCCUGUAUCAUAAUCAGAGAUUCUGAGAGAGAUAGAGAGAGAAAUGGCACACUACCAUUGCACUGCACCAGCUUUUUUCUAUCAAGAAUUCCAGCAAUUCUGCAACUCUCUCCAUUGUAGUCACUUUCUGCAACUCCCUGUCCAACAGAAGCCCUCUCCUCUUUCCCUCAGGAUCCGCAGAACCACGUCCUUCCAGAUUUCCCAAGUCUCCAUUCAAAACAGUGGUCAGGCAUCGAAGGGUCCCUCGAAAAGCCACGUCUGGAUCAAUCCAGACAGUCCCAGGGCUUCUAAGCUAAAAGAGGCUUCUUAUGAUUUCAAGUCCUCUUCACUGAUGAGUAUUUCGAACUCCUUGGAUUCCUGCAAAGCUGUCGAAGAAGAUGUGAUGGCUGUACUUGAUGCCUUGAGUGGCAAAGCAGUACAACAACAUGAAGCUGUAGAUAUUCUUAACAAUAUGUCAAACCCUGAUACUGCGCUUCUGGCAUUGAAUUGUUUCCUGAGAAGGCUUAAACUGACAAAUCAGCUCAUUUUGUACAAUGUAACUCUGAAGGUGCUAAAGAAAAGCGAUGCAGAAAGUCCAAGAAAUCAUAAAAUAGUAUCCGAGGAUUCCCAGAAACUUUCAAGAAACGAGUUUUGUGUAUCUGAACCGAUGAGGUCAAAUGAGAAUAGGUCCAAAGUUUUGGUUUGGGGAGCUGUGUCAAUCGGAGUUGUGAUGUUUCUUAUGGGCCUUGGUGAUGAAAAGGCACUGGCUUUAGGCCCUGAAGGUCCAUUAAUGGAGGAGUUUUGGGACAACAUGAGGCGAUAUGCAAUUUAUGUUCUGACAGUGAGUACAGGUGCUUUGUACAUCGUUUUCCAGCCUGUAUUUGAACUGCUGAAGAGCCCCGUCUCCGCUAUUCUCAUAGUGGCUAUCAUUGGAGGCAGCAUUUACAUCGUCUCUCAGGUGCUUUCUGCCAUGGUUGGCAUCUCCGACUUCAACAUCCGUUAUAGCUACUAGGUAGAUCUAUCUAUAUCAAAAUACUGUAUGUGUUUCCUAUUUGGAAAUGUCGCUUGGUUUUAGACUUUUUUGUACACGAGCAAUGAUUACCAUCUUGGUUUAUGUAAUUUGAAAGGGGUUAUAUCUGAAAAAAUGAAAUAUAAUGUCUGUCAUCGAGUAUAUUACCCAAUGAGCCUGCUCUAAAAGUCCAACUACAGACGCUCCUGAAUUCGGGUUUUUGAUGCUACUCUUGCCAUUCAACUUAAUUAUAACUCAUGUUGAGACA